CUCCCUGCUCAGCUCCUGGGGCUGCUAAUGCUCUGGGUCUCUGGAUCCAGUGGGGAUAUUGAGAUGACCCAGCAUCUGCUCUCCCUGCCCGUCCCUCCGGGAGAGCCGGCCUCCAUCUCCUGCAGGUCUAGUCAGAGCCUCCUGCAUAGUGAUGGAAACACAUAUUUGGAUUGGUACCUGCAGAAGCCAGGCCAGUCUCCACAGCUUCUUAUCUACACAAUUUCUAACAAAUUCUAUGGAGUCCCAAACAAGUUCAGUGGCAGCAGGUCAGGGACAGGUUUCACACUUAAAUUCAGCAAAGUGGAGGCUGAGGAUGUUGGGGUUUAUUGCUGUGAACAGGAGCUCUCACUGUGGUGGACGUUCGGCCAAGGGACCAAGCUGGAAAUCAAACGAACUGUGGCUGCACCAUCUGUCUUCAUCUUCCCGCCAUCUGAUGAGCAGUUGAAAUCUGGAACUGCCUCUGUUGUGUGCCUGCUGAAUAACUUCUAUCCCAGAGAGGCCAAAGUACAGUGGAAGGUGGAUAACGUCCUCCAGUCGGGUAACUCCCAGGAGAGUGUCACAGAGCAGGACAGCAAGGACAACACCUACAGCCUCAGCAGCACCCUGACGCUGAGCAAAGCAGAGUACGAGAAACACAAAGCCUAUGCCUGUGAAGUCACCCAUCAGGGCCUGAGCUCGCCCGUCACCAAGAGCUUCAACAGGGGAGAGUGUUAGAGGGAGAAGUGCCCUAGGCCCCCCACCUGCUCCUCAGUUCCAGCCUGACCCCGUCCCAUCCUUUGGCCUCUGACCCUUUUUCCACAGGGGACCUACCCCUAUUGCGGUCCUCCAGCUCAUCUUUCACCUCACCCCCCUCCUCCUCCUUGGCUUUAAUUAUGCUAAUGUUGGAGGAGAAUGAAUAAAUAAAGUGAAUCUUUGCA